AUGUCCGGCAAUGGGGAGCACUGGAAAUCCCUGGGGAUCAGCCGGAAGGAGCUGGCGCUGGCCGAGGCCUUGCAGAUGGAAUACGAUGCCCUCUCCCGGCUGCGGCAGGACAAGGAGGAGAGCCGGGCCAAGCAGAGAGGAGACCAACCCCCCAGCUCCUGGGGUGACCCCGCCGACAGGAGCGGCUGCGCCGGCAUCAAGGCUGCGCGUGGCCUCUCCGGCUCUGACCCCACGCUCAGCUGCAACGUCCCGGGGGCACCCGAAGGUUCCCCGGGGCCUGGACCCCCACCUGGACCCAGCUCCCCGGACCCCCAGCCCUGGCUGAAGGGACCCUUGGCUGAGGAUUACCUGUACAUCUUCGACGGGUCAGGGGGGGACUUCCUCGGGGAGCCGCUCAACGGCACCUCACCCCACGGCGGGGGCAGCUCCCCCAAAAAGCUCUCGCCGCCCCCGCUGCCCCCCAGGAACCUCCUUUGGAGCUCCCCCGAGGGGAGCCAGCACUCGGGGAAAGGUUCCCCUCCGUCCUCCAAAGGAUCCCAGCCCAGGGACAUCAACAUGUUCUCAGCAGCCCACGAGCGGGCUCAGGGCAAGCUGCUCGGCCGCCGCAUCUCCGAGGAGGAUCCCUACGGCAUCAACGACGCCAUCACCUGCCUCAACCUCAAGUCCACCUACGAGUCGGAGGUGCUGCGGGAAGCUGCCCGUGGCUGGAAGGAGGGCAGGAGCAUCUUUGAGAAGGAAUCGAGCGGCAAGCCGGUGGCACGGAGCAAGACCAUGCCCCCCCAGGUCCCCCCGCGGACGUACGUCUCCCGCUUCGGCAACCGGAAGAACCUGGCGCCAAACAAGAACCGCAGGAUCUCCAUCGACCCGGUUGCCCCCCGGCCACACUCCUUCGCCAACGGCUACGAGCUCUUCGAGGUCUCCGAGGAGCGGGAUGAGGAGGUGGCUGCUUUCUGCCACAUGCUGGAUGUGCUGCGGUCUGGCUACAGCACUGAGGACUAUUCCCUCACUGGCUUGGUGUGGAGCUCUGUCAACCUCAGCCCUGAGCAGCUGGGCCACGGUGUCAGCCUGAAGGUGACAGUGGUGUGUGACAGCCUGCGGGAGCCCCUCACCUUCACCUGUGACUGCUCCUCCACCGUGGACCUGCUGAUUUACCAGGCUCUGUGCUACACGCACGAUGAGCUGUGCGCUGUGGACGUCGAGGACUUUGUGCUCAAGAUCUGCGGUUUGGAGGAGUUCCUGCAGAACAAACACGCGCUGGGCAGCCACGAGUACAUCCAGCACUGCAGGGAGAUUGACAUCGACACCCGCCUGCAGCUGAUGGAGAGGAAGGGGGUGCGCAGCGACCUGGCCCGCACGGCCAACGAUGAUCAGAGCCCCUCAACCCUCAACCACUACAUCCACCUGCAGGAGAGACCCAUCAAGCAGACCAUCAGCAGGCAGGCCCUGAGUCUCCUCUUCGACACCUUCCACAAUGAGGUGGAUGCUUUCCUGGCUGCUGAGGGAGAUGUCCCACUGAAGGCUGAGCGGGUGAUCCAGUCAGUCAUGGCCAUUUGCAAUGCCCUGGCUGCUGUGGAGUCCCAGGAGAUCACAGCAGCCCUCAACCAGAUGCCCCCCUGCCCCUCCCGCAUGCAGCCCAAAAUCCAGAAGGAUCCAAAUGUUCUGGCCAAGAAGGAAAAUCGAGAGAGGAUCGUGGAGAGCCUGACAGCUGCCAUCCUCAACCUGGUCGAGCUCUACUGCAGCACCUUCAACGCCGACUUCCAGCCGGCCGUGCAGGGGAGCCGGGAGCAGGGGGUGGUGCAGGAGGCUCGGCUGCUCUCCUGCCCUCUCUCCUUCACCGUCUAUGCCACCCACCGCAUCCCCAUCACCUGGGCUGCCAGGAUCUGCUUCCCUGUCCAGGUGAACCGUCUGCCGCGGGAGACGCUGCUCAGCGUCACACUCUUCGCCGUGCCCAUCCCCCCCCCGGGGAGCUCCUCUGACACCAACAAGCAGCGACGGGUCCCUGAGGCCCUGGGCUGGGUGACCACCCCCCUCUUCAACUUCAGGCAGGUCCUGACCUGUGGGAGAAAGCUCCUGGGCUUGUGGCCAGCCACUCAGGACAACUCCAGAGCCAGGUCAAGUGCCCCCAACUUCAACCAGCCUGACAGUGUCAUCCUGCAGAUCGACUUCCCCACCUCUGCCUUUGAGGUGAAGUUCACCAGCCCACCAGCAGCUGAGUUCAGCCCCAGGUACGAGUUCAGCAGCCUGGGGGAGGAGGAUCAGCGCAAGCUGCGGGAGGUGAUGCAAAAGAAAUCGCUCUACUGGCUGAUGGACGCCGACCGCAAGCGGCUGUGGGAGAAGCGCUACUACUGCCACGCAACCCCCGGGGCUCUGCCCAUGCUGCUGGCCAGUGCUCCCAGUUGGGAGUGGGCUUGUCUGCCCGACAUCUACGCCCUGCUCAGCCAGUGGGCCCAGAUGAGCCACCAGGAUGGCCUGGGACUGCUGCAUGCCACGUUCCCAGACCAGGAGGUGAGGAAGACGGCCGUGCAGUGGAUUGACUCCAUCUCUGACAAUGAGCUGCUGGACUACCUGCCCCAACUGGUUCAGGCCCUGAAGUAUGAGUGCUACCUGGACAGCCCACUGGUGCGGUUCCUCAUGAAGCGAGCCAUCUGUGACCUGAAGAUCACCCACUACUUCUUCUGGUGGGAUAUUUUUUUUGGGGGGGGCAUCCUCCGCGAGGGGCUGGAGGACGUGAAGCAGUUCUUCAAGGCCAACGGGUCGUGCCGCCUGCCGCUCAGCCCCAGCCUGCUGGUGAAGGGGAUCGUGCCCCGGGACUGCUCCUAUUUCAACUCCAACGCUGUCCCACUGAAGCUCUCCUUCCAGAACGUCGAUCCCCUCGGAGAAAACAUCCGAGUCAUCUUCAAGUGUGGUGAUGACCUGCGGCAGGACAUGCUGACGCUGCAGAUGAUCCGGAUCAUGAACAAGAUCUGGGUGCAGGAAGGGCUGGAUAUGCGCAUGGUCAUCUUCCGAUGCUUCUCCACCGGCCGUGGACGAGGCAUGGUGGAGAUGAUCCCCAACGCCGAGACCCUACGCAAAAUCCAGGUGGAGCACGGGGUGACAGGCUCCUUCAAAGACCGGCCGCUGGCAGACUGGCUGCAGAAACACAACCCCGAGGAGGAUGAGUACGAGAAGGCUGUGGAGAACUUCAUCUACUCCUGUGCUGGUUGCUGCGUGGCCACUUACGUGCUGGGGAUCUGUGACCGGCACAACGACAACAUCAUGCUCAAGACCACGGGCCACAUGUUCCACAUCGACUUCGGCAGGUUCCUGGGCCACGCGCAGAUGUUCGGCAACAUCAAGAGGGACCGUGCACCAUUUGUCUUCACUUCGGACAUGGCCUAUGUCAUCAACGGGGGGGACAAGCCCUCCAGCCGCUUCCACGACUUCGUUGACCUGUGCUGCCAGGCCUACAACCUCAUCCGCAAGCACACCCACCUCUUCCUCAACCUCCUGGGGCUGAUGUUGUCCUGUGGCAUCCCCGAGCUCUCCGACCUGGAGGACCUCAAGUAUGUCUACGAUGCCCUGAGGCCACAGGACUCUGAUGCCGAUGCCACCACCUACUUCACCAGGUUGAUCGAGUCCAGCCUGGGCAGCGUGGCCACCAAGCUCAACUUCUUCAUCCACAACCUGGCGCAGAUGAAGUUCACGGGCUCUGACACCCGCCCCACCCUCUCCUUUGCCCCCCGCACACACACCCUCAAGGCGUCCGGCCGGAUCCGCGACGUCUUCCUCUGCCGCCACGAGCGGGUCUUCAACCCCAGCAAGGGCUACACCUACGUGGUGAAGGUGCAGCGGGAGAGCCCGGGUGACGUGACCUUCAUCCAGCGCACCUUUGAGGAGUUCCAGGAGCUGCACAACAAGCUGCGCCUCCUCUUCCCCUCCUCGCUGCUGCCCAGCUUCCCCAGCAGGUUUGUCAUCGGGAGGUCUCGGGGCGAAGCGGUGGCCGAGCGGCGGAAGGAGGAGCUCAACGGCUACAUCUGGCACCUCAUCCACGCAGCCCCCGAAGUGGCAGAGUGUGACCUCAUCUACACCUUCUUCCACCCCCUGCCACGGGAUGAGAAGGCAGCUGGCACCAACCCGACCCCAAAGCCAGCAGAUGCCACGUGGGCUCGGCCCCUGGGGAAGGUCGGUGGGGAGGUGAAGCUCUCCAUCUCCUACAAGAACAACAAGCUCUUCAUCAUGGUGAUGCACAUCCGAGGGCUGCUCACGGGGGAUGGCAAUGACCCUGACCCCUACGUCAAGACCUACCUGCUGCCCGACCCCCAGAAAACCACCAAGAGGAAAACCAAAGUGGCACGAAAAACCUGCAACCCCACCUACAACGAGAUGCUGGUCUACGAUGGGAUCCCCAGGGGGGACCUGCAGCAGCGGGAGCUGCGCCUGAGCGUGCUGAGUAAGGAAGGCUUCUGGGAGAACAUCCUCCUUGGGGAGGUGGGCAUCCGCCUGCGGGACCUGGACCUGGCCCAGGAGAAGAUGGGCUGCAAGCGCUUGGCUUUCCUCCAGCCCCGGAGCGGGAGCCUGACCGUGCCAGAGCCUGACCACGGCUACCACAGCCUGGAGGAGGAGCAGCAGCAGCAGCAGCACAAGGGCGUUUGUCAAGAAGAGGGAGGACGACGGCAGGAGAAGCGAUGCGAUGCCGGGGAUUUGAAGCAGCCCGAGGAGCCGAGCGAGCCGCGUGGACAACCUGGAAGUGGUUCCUUGGAGCAGGAGGGGAUAAUAAGGGUUUCAGCUGAAAAGGGAGCACUUGAGGGGGAAGCUUUGGCUGAAGAGGAGGGGGAUGACUCCGAAAUAGAGCAAAACCUUCCAGUUUCAGCCAGACCUGCCUGUGCGAAUAAAUUAAUAGAUUAUAUCAUAGGGGGAGUUUCCAGUGAGGAAGAGAGUGCGGAUGACGAUGAAGACUGGGAUGAUGAUGGGUUUGACAGCGAAGGGCUCCCCUCAGAUUCAGACGCUGGUAGCCAGGACGGGGAAAGGCUGGAUCUCUGGACUUCCUUCUACAGUUUGGAUCCGUACAACCCUCAGAACUUCACAGCCACCAUUCAGACAUCUUCCAGCGAUCCGGGACGGGAUAUGUCAGACAUGGAAGAGGAGGAGGAGGAAGAUUCCUCAUGGGCAGAGGAGUCUUCAGGUUCUCCCGACCCUAGUUCUGAAGAGGAGGAGGAGUGGGACUGUAGCAGUGUGGAUGAGGCAGAAAACUUGAAACUUUGGAACUCAUUCUGUACCUCAGAUGAUCCUUAUAAUCCUUUAAAUUUCAAGGCAGCCUUUCAAACAGCAGAGAAAAAAGGGACGCCUGAUUUAAAGGGAGCAGAGAGGCCGAGUUUGGUGGCUUCUGAAUUGACUGUCUGUCGGCUGCAGUUAGAAAAACACGAGUGGGGGGUCACGAACUUGGUGCAGCACGACAGUCUUUCUGGUGAAAGAUGUAGAACUCACAAGCGGAAAAAGGUCACCUUCCUUGAAAAAGUCACUGAGUAUUACAUAAGUGGUGAGGAGGAUCGUAAAGGACCCUGGGAAGAGCUGGCACGAGAUGGAUGCAGGUUCCAGAAACGGAUCCAAGAAACAGAAGAAGCCAUAGGAUACUGCUUCACACCAGAGCAUAGACAAAGAGUAUUUAAUAGACUCCAAGAAACCUACUACAAGAGAGUUGAUCUCUUCUAG